AUGAAUCUGAAACGCUGCCUCAGUCCUGUAACGCUGCUUCUGUCGGCUCAGUCCUGUAACGCUGCCUCUGUCUGCUCAGUCCUUCCUGUAACGCUGCUUCUGUCGGCUCAGUCCUGUAACGCUGCUUCUGUCGGCUCAGUCCUGUCUUGGCUGUUUGGUCCAGUACAAAGGACCAACAGGGCGGUCUACAGGGUGGCCAGUGUCCAGCCCGUUGUCAGCACCCACAGCUCCGUCAUCACCCACUCCCCCCCUCACCUCUCUCCCCUCCCUCCCCCUCUUCCACCCUCCGUUCCCUCCCACCCCCCUCAGCACUCUCCUCAGAUGUCCCCCCUGCCUCCCCCUGCCUCCCCCCUACCCACCCAGGGCUCCAUGUCCAGCGGAGGUGACCCCCACCCCCACCCCCAGCACCAGCACCCCCUCCAGCCCCAGUCCACCGGCCCCGCCCAGCCUGGUCCGCAGCCCCCCCAGGCCCAGCACCUGGCCCCCCCUCAGCCGGGACCCCACCCACAUUCCCUGUCCCUGUCGUUCUCCCAGUCCCGAUCCCAGUCCCAUUCCCAGAUCCCAUCCCAGUCGCUGGGCGGCGCUCCGGAACAGAACGGCAUCCUGGACUGGCUCCGACGUCUGCGCCUCCACAAGUACUACCCCGUCUUCAAACAGCUGACCAUGGAGGAGUUCUUAGCUCUGACGGAGGAGGAUCUGAACAAGUACGACCUCACCCAAGGAGCCAAGAAGAAACUGAAGACUCAACUGGAGCUGCAGAAGUCUGUGGACAGAGAAAUGAAGACAGAGAAGAGGUCGUGCAGCGGCAUCGCCAGGGUGACCCCGUCCAGUCACAUAGGGCCCCCGACACACCCCACCCCCACCGCAGGAGAGCUGCGGGUGGAGGUGGACGCCGUGCCUCACCACCACCAGCCCGUGUCCACAGACAGCAGCUCGUCUUCAGGGUACUCCAGCUCCUCCUGCUCCCCUCGGACCCCCCUCUGCUGUGACUCCGCCUUCGACAGGACCAGAGACAUCCACAGGCGUCCAGGUCCAGAUGGAGCCGGUGCUGGUCCAGAGAAGGACCGGUCCUGCCUGUUCAUCCUCAGCUCGUCCGGUUCCAGUCGGCCCACGGCCCAGGUUCUACCGGUCCAAAUGGAUCCAGCUCCUCCUCCUCUGUCUGGCUCCUCCCACCUCCCCUUCGGCGUCCCUCAGUCUCCUUACCCUCCCCCCCAGGCCACCUACCCUCAAACCCUUCUGUCUCCAGUCUCAAACCAGACGCGCAUUCUGACCUCCCCGCGGAAGCCCCGCCCCCCUCCACUGUGCGCCGAUGACAGGACUAAGCCGCUGGGCUCGGGGCUUCCCUCCGCUGUGGGGGUGGGGGUGGGGGUGAGGCUGGAGACCCUGUUCCCCGGCCUGGGCGUGGGUGGCGGCUCUGUGCUGCAGGACUCGGGGUGUCGGGGGGGUCUGAUGGUGGAGACAAGCUCCGCCCUCACGUCCACCUCCAACAGCCACCACCAUGUGUCCCACCCCCCCCUCCACUUCCACCUGUCCUCCUCCUCCCCCUCUGCAUCUGGAUACUACUCCUGCACGCCCACCUCCUCCUCCUGUCCCUCCUCAAAGUCUGGUUUUGUUCCCAUGGCAACCGCCACCAGCGUCCCUGUGGCCGCGGUGCCCGGCAACACUUACUUCCCCCCUCAACCCACGUCCAGCCCCUCCCCCUCCCCCUCCUCUGCCACCUCACUGGAUUGCUCUCCUGUCAAUCACAGCUCAGGUCACGCCCCCUCGGUCUGUGUCUGCAGCUCCUGCGGUUGCCGGGGCAACUGCGGCGCCUACGGGGCGUUACCCAAUUACGCGGCGGCCGGCUACCUGCAGCCGUUCUCUGGCCCCUCCCUCUUCACCCUGGGGCCCCUCCUCCACCUCAGUCCCCUCAUAGCCUCGUCCGGCUCCCCGGGAAACGGAGCCACGCCCUUCUCCUACCCGAUGAUGGUGCCGCCGCCGCUUUACCGCCACAGCCCCGUGUCACAUGACCAGCAGCUGCAGGGCUUCGGCCUGUACAAGCAGCACGGCCUCAUGGGAAGCGGAGUUCAGAAGCGGGCGUUGGCUAAUGUGUCGUGUUAUAACUGCGGCGCCAACGGACACAGAGCCGAAGACUGUAAACAACCGCCCAUGGACGCAACGCAGCAAGGGACAUUUCGGCUCAAGUACACUCCACACUCUGACAGUAAAGACUCGGGGGACUAACCACAACCUGAACCUCCAUGACCCUAAACCCAGCUGGACCUCAUGUCACAGUGUCAACAUCCACCUGAGUCUGUCUGAGGACCGCUGAGGUCCUCCGGUUCCGCACGGUGUUUGGAACGGAGUCAAGCAGAAAGACGAUUACAGACGGAGUCAAACAGAGACGAUUACAGACGGAAGGAAGGUGGAAGGGGCGGAGCCAAGCAGAGACGUUUACAGACAGAAGGUGGAAGGAACAGUCCCAGGAUGUGAUCGGACUGGGUUCAACACUGACAGAGAAAAAAGAUCUGAGCACGAAGACGCAGACGGAGCUGAUCCACAGAAGGAAAGCACCGACAGCUGUUCCUCCACUGACAGUAACACUGCAGACCAACACUGAGCGUCUGUAGGGUCGGACAGGUUUACAUAACACAGGUUUUAUGGACGAUAUUAACGAUGUUUAUACAGUAUAUGGACAUAAAUAUUGGGACACGUCAUGUCUACAGCUGUCAGAUGUUCCUGUUCAUGAGGAUCUGAGGUAAAAAUAUCAAUAUUUCCUGAAAGUUUAAUGGGAGAGUGAUGAAAGUAGAUGGGUAGAUGAGGAAGAAAAUUAUUAUUUACAGUCAGAGCAGGACAAAUAUUUUAGAAAUUUAGAGAUAUGGAUAAAAAAAACAACAAAAAAACUAAAUCUCUGUGGUGUUUUAGAAACCAAGAUAACAAUUCAAACCAAACUAACCAAUUUUUCUCAACACUGAUUUUUUUUUUUUGUUUUUUAUCCAUAAUUAUGAUUUUAAAUGUUCUACCUCUAAAUUUCUCAAAUAUUUUUCCUGUUCUGACUGUAAAUAAUAAUUUUUACACCAAUACUUUUAAGUUUUGCACUCCACUGCUUUUAGUCUGUGUCCAGUUGUUCAGACUUAGUUCAAUUUCUUUCUGUUAUAUUCAACUCUGGUGCAUAAGGUGGAUUUUGGGGCCGGCACAGUGUUACAAAACAAUACAGUACAAUACAAUACAAUACAGUACAAUACAAUACAGUACAAUAGCUGUGUCACCUUUGUUAUUAAGCCUGAAAAUAUCUGUGUUUUGGCGUUUCAGUUCAACAUAAUGUAAAAGCUGGUAUUGGUGGAAAAGUGCAGAUUCCAUAAUCUACUGAUCCAAGUUUUCUAUCGUUUUUUUUUUUUUUAACCCAUAAAGACCUAAACAGUAGCAACCAAAACUAUCGACUGAUCUAAAAUAUUUAAUAACGUCUGAACCACUAACUUCUGGAAACACGAUCAUCCUCUGGAAUACUGAUUCACCAGUAAACCCAUAGACUUGGAUUAAUGACAGGAUCUCUACAGGCUUGUUUUUUAAUACAUUUGGCUGAAAAAGUCACUUUUUCUUCAGUUUUCUCUAUUUUUGAUACAAUAACCUUUGAAUGUACUAUCAGCUUCUGCAAACAUUUAGAUGAUCAGUGAACUGAAAAUAGGAAAAUACCUGAUUUUCACCGAAAAAUGCUAAAUGGGUGUUUCAGUGAAACUGGUUUUAAAAACAGGACAGAGAAGCUAAACAUCCAAACCAGAUGUAGAUGAAUGUUAUGAAGCAGGUUUGGAAACACUUAUGGUUUAUUUAAAAGUAAAUAUUUACUGAGAUAAAAGAAACUAUUUUUCAGAUAAAAGACAUUUUUGUAAUUUUUUAAAUACAAAAAUCCACAUGUAAAACCGUAAAGCUGAUGACAGGAUAUCAACUGUCUCUAUAUAUGUGCCAAGUUUGAAGUAAAUUGAAACAAAAUUGAUGUUUUUAUAGGCAUGUGAAAUCUCCCCCAUUAUAAGUAAAUGAGGGGAAAAAGUCUUUAAAAAUUCAUAAAAAAU